AAAAAAACCGAAAAUAGGAACAAAAAUCGGAAAGAGAGAGAGAGAGGAGAGAGAGAGAGGGAGCUCUACUCUCACAUGGCCUCUUUGCCAUUAGGGCCUCGCCAUCAACCUCCACCACAGCCACAGUCACAGCCACAAGUACAGCUGCUACAACAGCCUCACCCUGAAAAUGACCGUCUGAAUCUCAACUCUCACCGUACCUCAGCAAUGGACUCCGAUAAGGAAAUGUCAGCUGCAGUGAUUGAAGGGAAUGAUGCAGUAACUGGUCAUAUCAUUUCCACUACGAUUGGUGGAAAAAAUGGUGAACCAAAACAGACAAUCAGUUACAUGGCUGAGCGUGUGGUGGGUAGUGGUUCGUUUGGAAUUGUAUUCCAGGCAAAAUGCUUGGAAACGGGAGAAACAGUUGCCAUAAAGAAGGUCUUGCAGGAUAAACGUUAUAAAAACAGGGAGCUGCAACUAAUGCGCCUGAUGGAUCAUCCAAAUGUGGUUUCUCUGAAGCAUUGCUUCUUCUCUACUACUAGUAAAGAUGAGCUCUUCUUGAAUUUGGUUAUGGAAUAUGUCCCCCAAAAUAUGUACCAUGUUCUUAAGCACUACAACAGCAUGAAUCAGAGGAUGCCACUCAUAUACGUCAAACUUUACACAUAUCAAAUUUUUAGGGGCCUUGCCUAUAUUCAUUCAGUCCCCGGGGUCUGCCACAGGGAUGUGAAGCCUCAAAAUAUUUUGGUUGAUCCUCUAACUCAUCAAGUUAAGAUUUGCGACUUUGGGAGUGCAAAAGUAUUGGGUGAAGCUAAUAUAUCAUACAUAUGUUCACGUUAUUAUCGAGCUCCAGAACUCAUAUUUGGUGCAACAGAAUACACGACCUCAAUUGAUAUUUGGUCGGUUGGUUGUGUCCUCGCUGAACUUCUUCUAGGCCAGCCAUUGUUUCCUGGGGAAAAUGCAGUGGACCAACUUGUAGAGAUAAUCAAGGUUCUUGGUACCCCAACUCGAGAAGAAAUUCGAUGCAUGAAUCCAAAUUACACAGAUUUUAGGUUCCCUCAGAUUAAAGCCCAUCCUUGGCACAAGGUUUUUCACAAGCGAAUGCCUCCUGAAGCUAUUGACCUUGCUUCACGUUUGCUUCAGUAUUCUCCUAGUCUUCGCUGCACUGCUCUAGAAGCAUGUGCACAUCCUUUCUUUGAUGAGCUACGGGAACCCAAUGUUCGCCUCCCUAACAACCGUCCAUUGCCCCCUCUAUUCAACUUUAAGCAGGAAUUAUCUGGAGCAUCCCCUGAACUGAUCAGCAGGCUGCUACCGGAGUAUGUGCGAAGGCAGAUUGGUCUCAGUUUUCAACACCAAGCAAGUACAUAAAAUGAAGACACGAAUCAACAUAUAAGAUCCGUUUCUUGGGUGGAUGGAUAAAAUGCAACCAAAAGCUCCUUGCAGUCUAGAUAACCAAGUAUCAUGGCCGAACCCCUGCCCUGCAAAGAUUUACGAAUAUACCACUGGGUGUUCGGCUUAGCGUGGAAAAUGGUGAUCAACUACUUUAUUUUAGCCAAUACAUAUUGAUUUUGUAUUCCCCAUGUCUAGAUUUUUUGUUUUUGAUCCAUAAAGUCGGAGAAAGCUGGAAGUAUGACCAUGGAAAGGUAUGCCAUUCAUGUCUAGCUAGGCAGUGCCUCCAAAAAAAGUUUAGUAGGAGCUCGUGGAGCUUAUUUGUAGCUUCGAAUUGGAAUUGUUUUGUCCUGGUAAGUUUUCUGUAUGUAUAAUUUAGUCUGUUUCCGGACCAUAUUUAGUGAUGGAGGUUACUUUUCUUCCAUUCGUUC